AUGGAAUUCACAUUGCUCUCUCAUUCCUCAAUCUUGAAAGAAAUUGCAGAGGCCUCUGUUUUCCUUCCUCUUCGAUCAUAACCUCUUUACAUACUUUGCAAGGAAAAGAGAAGAAAAACAUGGCCGAGGCAUUGGUUGGGGGAGCAUUUCUCUCUGCUACUCUUCAAGUGUUGCUUGAUCGGUUGGCCUCUCCUGUGGUCAUCAACUUCUUCCGUGGAAAAAAGCAUGGCGAUAGAGUCCCCCUCCUCCACAAGAAGCUCAAGCUAUCAUUGUUGGGACUUAAAGCUGUGCUGAAUGAUGCAGAGAACAAGCAAAUCACUAACCCAGCUGUGAAAGAGUGGGUGGAAGAGCUUAAAGAUGUCAUCUACCACGCAGAUGAUAUAGUAGAUGAAAUUGCUACCGAAGCUUUGCGCUCCAAGUCCGAAGCCGACUACCAAAGCAGCAGCAGCACUAGCAGCCACAGCCGCCUAAGCCAGGUACUAAGUUUAAUCCCUCUGACCUUGACAUCCUCUGUCUCUACUACUGCUAGUUUAUUUGAUGCGGGGAUAGAGUCCAGGUUAGAGAAGAUCAUUCAUGACUUGGAAUAUUUUGCACAAAAGAAAGAUGUCCUUGGUUUGAGAGAAGUUCGUGGACAUAAUAACUGGUUUCACAAGUCCCAAACCUCUUCUUUGGUCGAUGAAUCUGGUGUUUAUGGAAGGGAUUUUGACAAGGAGGAUGUAAUGAAGGUGCUGCUCUCCGAUGAUGACUCAGGUGGUUGUAAUGAGAUAGGUGUGAUUGCAAUAGUGGGGAUGGGUGGGGUGGGCAAGACCACCCUUGCUCAACUUUUAUAUAAUGAUGAUAGAGUGGUUGAUCACUUUAAAAUGAAAGCAUGGGUUUGUGUCUCUGAAGAAUUUGAUGUUCUAAGCGUUACUAGAUCAAUUCUUGAGGCAGUUACUGGACAGGCUUGUGAUGCCAAGAACCUAGAUGUGAUUCAAGUCAAGCUAAAGGAGUUGUUGAGUGGGAAGAAAUAUUUUAUCGUCCUAGACGAUGUUUGGAAUGAGAACUAUGGUCACUGGGAAAGCUUGAGUCAGCCUUUUAGAUAUGGCACACAUGGGAGUAGGAUUAUUGUUACAACACGCAAAGACAGAGUUGCAUCUGUCAUGAAAACUGUUCAUAUUCAUCGUUUGCAGGAAUUACCAUUUGAAGAUUGCUGGAAAUUGUUUGCCAAAUAUGCAUUUGAGAAGGAAAAUUUCAAUUCACAUCCAAACCUUGAAAAUAUUGGCAAAGAGAUUGUGAAAAAAUGUAAAGGUUUGCCUUUAGCUGCGAAAACAUUGGCGGGUCUUUUGCGCUCUAAACGGGAUGCUGAGGAUUGGAAUAAUGUAUUGAAAAGUGCCAUAUGGGAUUUGCCAGAGGAUAACAUUCUUCCAGCGUUAAGAUUAAGCUAUCGUUAUCUCCCUCCACAUGUAAAGAGAUGUUUUGCUUAUUGUUCCAUAUUUCCCAAAGAUUAUGAAUUUAAAAUAGGGGAAUUAGUUCUAUUAUGGAUUGCAGAAGGUUUUGUGAAGCCAAGAAGUAACACGACAAUGGAAGAAGUAGGCUAUGAAUGCUUCAAUGAAUUGCUGUCAGUGUCAUUAUUUCAGCAAAGUGCUAAAGCAUCUUUUUUUGUCAUGCAUGAUCUUGUUAAUGAUUUAGCUCAAUCUGUGUCUGGAGAUUUUUGUUUGAGGUUGGAGAAUGACAAACCACACAUUAUUGCUGACAAAGUACGCCAUUUCUCAUAUGCUAGAGGCAUGUUUGAUGACUUUCAAAGAUUCAAGGUAAUCAAUGAGGCUAAGUUUUUAAGGACGUUCCUACCUUUAGGACGUAGAUAUGCUUGGAACUGGUUGAGUAAAAUGGUUUUGGAUGUUAUUUUGUCGAGACUAAUUUGCUUAAGGGUGUUGUCUUUGCCACAUUAUCGGAUUUUCGAAUUGCCUCAUUCAAUUGGCAAUUUGGUGCAUCUACGCUAUUUGGAUCUCUCUUACACAAAAAUCCAACAAUUGCCAGAAUCUGUUUGUGACCUGUGUAAUUUACAAACAUUGCUACUAAUUGAUUGCUAUAAUCUUACUACCUUGCCAACAGAGAUUGGAAAAUUAAUUUUCUUGCGUCAUCUUGAUAUCAGUGGAACUGAUAAGUUAAGGGAGAUGCCAAUGCAAAUGAGUCGAUUAAAAGAUCUCCAAACAUUAACUGCUUUUGUAGUGGGAAAGUGUAGUGGGUCAGGUAUAAAUGAGUUGAAGGAGUUUCAUCAUCUUAGUGGAAGUCUCUCCAUUUCCUGUUUGCAAAAUAUAACAAGUUCCAUGGAUGCAAUGGAAGCAAAGCUGAAGGAGAAAAAGUUACUAGAAACAUUGGUGCUGAGCUGGAAUAUUGGAAUUCCUAAUGAUUCAGAAAGUGAAAGAGAUUUACUUGACAAACUACAACCUCAUACAAACUUAAAACACCUAAAGGAUUGUGAGGACUGCUUUUUCUUGCCGUCACUCGGUCAGCUGUCCUCUCUGAAACAUCUUACCAUUUCAGGGAUGCCGAGAAUAACAAAGGUGGGCCAUGAAUUUUACGGAGAUUGUUCUUUAAGCAAACCAUUUCAAUCUCUAGAGACUCUUAGUUUUUUCGAAAUGUUGGAUUGGGAGGAAUGGUAUAUAUUGGGUGAUGGAGAGUUCUCUGGGCUUAAAGAGCUUCGGGUAACCAACUGUCCGAAGCUGAUUGGAGGCUUACCAAAACACAUUCCAUCUUGGGUGAGAGUUGAGAUUGGGGACUGCCCAGGGCUUAUGGCUUCACUUCCUAGGACAUGUGCUGCAAAUCAAUUAGUAUUGUGGGGAUGCGAUAGUGUAGAAUUGGGAUGGCAAGGUUUGUCUUCUCUUGUAAAUUUGGAAAUUUCAUCUGCAAGUUUGAAGGAACUGACACCUGAACUAUAUACCUUAAUAAAUCUGAAGGAGUUGAUGAUAGUGCAAUGUCCAGACCUAUUGUUAUUUCCAGACACAAGGUUGCCGCCCAUGCUUACAGGCCUUACAAUCAUUGAUUGUAGGGCUAUAUGUUUUUUGCCGGAGAGAGUGAUGCGUCUCAACAGUUGCCUUAAACGUUUGUCUGUUCGUGCCUGUCCGAAACUAGUUUUCCCACUAUCUGAGGAGAUGGAGAACUGCUACACAUCCCUGGAAUAUUUGUCCUUGGAAACCUGUGAUUCUCUCCCAUCCCUGCCACUAGAAUUGUUUCCGAAGCUUCAAUCUCUAAGAAUCAAAGACUGUAGAAAUUUUGAGACUCUUUUGACUCUAAACAGGCUUGGAUUCCAAAAUUCCGCAUCACUCGAAUGGCUUUGCUUGGAUGGGUGCUCUAAUAUGGAAUCUUUUUCGCAACAAGUAUUAAUCGCUCCCAAUCUGAAAACGUUUUAUCUCUUGAACUGCAAGAAACUCAAGUCGUUGCCCGAUCGAAUGCAUAGCCUCACAUCUCUUCAAUCAUUGCGUAUAUGGAACUGCCCAGGACUUGAGUCAUUUCCGGAAGGGGGUCUGCCCUCCAGCUUACAUAGUCUUGAAAUCAGGAAUUGUGCGAAACUUGUGGCUCAGAGGAGAGAGUGGGGUUUGCAAAGACUCCCUUCUCUUGCAUACUUUUUAAUCUCGGGUGAAUAUGUAGAGGAUGUGCUAGAGUCGUUUCCGGAGGAGGGUCUGUUGCCCUCGACUCUCAUAUGGCUGGAGAUCAAAGACCUACCAAAUCUCAAAUCGCUGAACAACAGGGGCCUUCAACAUCUUGGCUCUCUCAAAAACAUGAUGCUUGUGGGGUGCCCUCAACUCCAAUCCUUGCCGGAAGAAGGGCUUCCAACCUCCCUCUUUCUGCUGGAAAUCUUGGAGUGUCCAUUGUUGAAACCUCGUUGCCUAAGGGAGGAAGGACAAGACUGGCAUAAGAUUGCUCGCAUCCCCUUACUACAUACGGAUUCUGAACUCAGCUUUGAUCAACGCAAUUCAAGGUAA